CUGGAUGUGAGCUGUCAUUAAAAAACAGGGAAGAAGAAGAGGCAGGACGGCACAUUUGAGAAAAGGAGACGAUUAGAGACUUAAAAGUGGAAAAAUGAGUCUUUUCCUUUACUUGGCAUCUGUAGUCGUUUGUGUGUAUGUUCUGCUUUUCUACGGUGUGCUUAAAGGGGCGAGGUGCUUAAGCUCCGUUUGCCUGAAGGGGAAAACUGUCAUUGUAACAGGUAAACGGACUCUGUUAUUAGGGAGCAACACUGGCAUUGGCAAAAGUACAGCCUUGGAAAUAGCAAAAAGAGGAGCGAGAGUGAUACUGGCCUGCCGCAACAAAGAGAAGGGUGAGACUGCAGCUUUCGACAUCCGCGCGGAGAGCGGGAAUAACCAGGUGCUGUUAAUGGAGCUGGAUCUGUCAAGUUUGAAAUCUGUUCGCCGUUUUGCUGAAACCUUUCUAAACACUGAACCCAGGCUGGACAUUCUCAUUAACAAUGCAGGUGUAAUCGGUCCUGGAUAUACUGAAGAUGGUUUCGACCUGGCCUUUGGGGUAAACCACUUGGGCCACUUCCUUCUGACCAACCUUCUCCUGGAGCGACUUAGGCAGUGUUACCCCAGUCGAGUGAUCACUGUGUCUGCACACCUACACCGCUUUGGGAACAUAGACUUCCAUCUGCUGGCUUCACAAAAAGAAGUAGUGUCCAACCAGUCCACCUGGCACAACUUUCAGGCUUACUGUAACAGCAAACUCUGUAAUGUGCUCUUUACCAGGCAGUUGGCUAACCAACUGGAAGGCACUGAUGUCACCUGUUAUGCCCUGCACCCAGGAGUAAUCUACACAGAACUAUGCCGUAAUAUGAGCCAGUGGUUGCAGCUCCUCAUGAUGCCCUUAGCAAAGCUCUUCUUCUUGGACCCAAAGGGAGGGUCUCAGACCACCCUCUACUGCGCUCUCCAGGAGGGCAUUGAACCUCUCAGUGGGAGUUACUUUUCAAACUGUGCACUGUACAAAGUUGGAGCAAAGGGGGUAAAUGAUGGUGUCGCAAAGAAGCUAUGGGAAGUAAGUGAAAGGUUAACGGGCAUAGGUCAACAAAACCAAUAGUUUCAACCAAAGCGCCAAAGCCAUACAGCCUUUAUGUGUUCUUAUGAAGUCCAUUGUGUGUCUGAAGUGUCCUUAAAUUUUUAAUGCUUUAAUAAUAUAGAGGAUCCUUCUAAAAGUUUUCUGUAUGUCUGUCACCUGAUAUCAUGUAUAAUGUCUGCUGAGUUUGUUGUUGAACAAAGAUUUGAAGAGAUCCACUGAUGGCUGCUUGAAAAACAACAUUUUCUGAAUAUAAAAUGUAUUUUGCUUUUAAUGAUCUUAUGUAUUGAUUCCAGGUUUGAUUAUUAAACUCAUUAUCAGCA